CAUAAUUUGGUGAACUUAGAGCAGCGAAGGGAGUUGGUGAAGUCUUUGGUGCCCCCCCCUCAUGAGUCCCACGUUUAAAAUGCGGCCCUUCUCUCUUCGCUCCUAGGCAUGUUUGCGGUCGUUUUUGCUGGUCUCCUGGCAGCCGUGAAGGACGUGGUGGCCUACAUCUUCACCAACGACAAAGAGAUUGUGGCUUUGGUCUCCAAAGUUAUGCUGAUUUUCUCCCCUUUUCACCUGUUCGAUGCCACAGCGGCCACCUGCGGAGGGGUGCUGAGGGGCGCCGGCAAGCAGAAAGUUGGCGCCAUCGCCAACGCGGUUGGAUACUACGUCAUUGGGCUGCCCAUCGGGAUCUCGCUGAUGUUCGUGUACAAGCUUGGCGUGAUGGGCCUGUGGACCGGUUUGAUCGUUUGCAUCUCUCUGCAAGCAACCUCGUUUUUGGUUGUCGUCUUGUGCAUGGACUGGAAGAAGGCCGCCGAAGAGGCUCAGAUUCGAGCUGGACUAACGGCCAGACUGGGACAUCCAGAUGACACGGCUGGGGCUGAUUACCUUGUGGGGGAACUUGAGCUUCCCAACGGAGAUGCCCUCAGCAGCCUCGUCCACCUGGGCGAAGGGGUCGGGGGCCAGCAGCUUGUUCCAUCCGAAGAGAUGCCCCAUUUCAUCGUUUCUGCAGCCCCGGGGGCCCUGUCCUGCAAGGAGCUCCUUUUCUGGCGGGGCCUGGCCCUGCUGUUGGCGGUCACCAUCUUGAUAGCCGGGGUUCUCAUCCAUCUCCUGCUAUGAGAGGGCCGGGCCUUGUGGCGUGGCGGCGCAGAGGAGACCGGAGGGGGCAGCCCUUUGGAGGGGGCCACCUGCUCGCUCACCAGCGUCCACCCCGGGGAUCUGCGAGUGACCCAGCCUCGGAUCCAACCCUCAGCAAGGGUCGCUCCUCCACCAUUGGCCCGGACCAAUGAUGGCGUCACCUGCUUGACGUGGUUUCUCAAAACCUGCGUGGUUGAAAGACUUCAAAGCAGUUUGGAAAAUAACUCUAGAAUAAAUCAGGGCGUCUUCAGCGCACGUUCCUCGCUACCUCUU